CAGGCCACACGGCGGGACACGAGACAGACAGCGCUGACCGUCAGAAAGGAGCGAGGCUCCGCAAAUCUGCCGAAAACACCGAGAACGAAGAAACUUUACACGGCCGCUGUCAUUUGGACGCUUGAGGAUUAACGAGAAGCCUGUAGCGGUUACUGGUGAUUGAUGCAGUCCGUUCCUGAACAGCCUGCGCUCUGUCUGAGGGUCUAACAAAGGUGGGAGACGCGUCUGCUGUCCCCUAUCACAGGGGGAAGAUAUGAUCUUUAAGAUAAGCCAGUUUGGGGUCAUGCAACAAGUAUAAAUGCACAUUGACGAGCAGAGGGAGACAGGCUGGCGAAGGCGAAAGAAGUGGCUGUUUUGAGGGGAGCAGUAGAGGACCGUGUGCUGGAGAUGUCUCUGUGGAUGAUAUUACCUGUCAGCCUCCCAGCUCUGACCAUCACUGGAAUAUGGGUUGUGUAUGCCAUGGCCUUGUAUAAUCAGCAUGUCUGUCCUGUGGACAACUGGAUGUAUAACCAGUCAUGUGAGGUGGAUCUGCCAAUGCAGAGGGGACCAACCCUGUGCUGUACUCUGGAAAAUGUUCCUCUCAUAAGUAAAUGCGGCACACUUCCUCCAGAGAGCUGCUUCUUCAGCCUCAUCUGCAGCACCGGAUCCUUUAUGGUAAUGGUGAUUGUGUUGCUGCGCUAUGCCCAUGUGAUAGAGAAGCACCAGAACUGCGUGUUAAACACAGCAAGUCUCUCCACCGGCUGGAUCUGUGCUGCAGGACUCAUCAUGGUCGGCAACUUCCAGGUGGAUAACGCCAAGGUUCUUCACUAUGUUGGAGCAGGGGUGGCCUUCCCCACCAGUAUGCUGCUCGUGUGUCUGCAGUCUGCGCUGACCUACCGCCUGGCGAAGACUCAGGGAGAAUAUAAUGUGGGUCAUUUGCGCCUCUUUAUGACCCUGCUGGCCUUUGUAGCCCUAGUGCUUAGCGGGGUGUUUUUUGUUCAGGAGAGUUUUGUCCUGCAACAUGCAUCAGCCAUUUUCGAAUGGGUCUUCUGUGUUAUUAUUAUGCUGUUCUACGGCACAUUCGCGUUUGAAUUCGCCGGGAUAUCUAGUGACACAAUGAUGGUGCUGGCUCGAGGGCAAUCUCUACAGUCCGUAAGCCGAGACCACAAAAUAGAGUCUCUUGCUGGGGCCAGUCAGCACCAGCCUGAGAGCCUGUCCAUACUGUAACCUCAGUGUCUCAGAUCUGCCAAUCUCCCUCAGCACUAGAAAAGAACACUACAACCGCAGAGGGAAAAUGACAGAAACUGGACCUGGCUCUCAUACAACCGGCUUACCUUUUGCCAAAGAAUCCAGCUCAGAUUUUGCACAUUAUUGAGAGAUUUCUUCACUCUCUGGGGACCUUCUGAAUCGCACAGCUUCCAUACUGGGAAAAACAAAGUUGAUUGCCUGGAUGUGUUGGAGUUUCCAUUAGAUCUUAUUGGGAUUUUGAAGUAUCUGUGUUACUUGGAUAAAGGAACUACAGACUGCUAGUUGGCUAAACUACAUGCGUCCAUUGGUGAAACUAGAGGACCGCUGCAACAAUAGCAUAAUAAACUAAUCCGAAGCCUUCUGCAACCCUCAAGCAUUUUAACAAUGGUUGUUGUGCCAAUUCCAAACAUUGCAAGACAAUGGAUCCAAAAAUGCUGAUGUUUUUCUGUGCCUUUAGGGUUUUUUUUUUUUUUCAAAGGCAGUGAUGGUUAAAUCAUAUAACAUUUUAUUGUCACAUAUCUCUGCUGUUUGAUAACUGAUCAAUGUGGUUCAUUUUGCCUUAAUCACCAUAUGCUGUCUGAAAUGUAUUUUUCAGGAGAUUGCCAUUACCAGUGUGCCUUAUACCAAAAACCAAAUACCGAUAUUUAAUAGAAAUGUAUGUCAAUUGCCUUGAAUAUAUAAGGCAUGUAUUUUUUUCAUAUGCAGCAAAAAUUAUGCUAGUUGUAAACAGCUAAGCUGAACGAGAUCCGCAAAAACUUCUCGCGAAACUGGUGCAUAAACUUAUCACAUUAAGUCUCCAGUAAUUGGUAGAGUCUAUGAGUAUUGCUGUACAUUUUGACCAGAUGUAAUUGAGAAGAGAGUUCUGUGGUCAGUGUGAUCAUAGGUUUCUGUCACUGUGGGAAUUAUUGUGUGUUGAGUGGGGGGUUUACGGGAGUUACAAGGAAGCGUCUAGUAAUGAAAGACUGAGUUUUCUCAGAAGCUGCCCUUUAAUGUAAAAGGUGACUAGUUUAGGUGUCUUAGAUGUACAGUAGGUCUCUGUGAGCUGUUUUUUUUGCAGACAAAAUUAAUUGCAGCAGGACUGCAAGUUUAUAAUUGAUUUUGUUUGUUUUGAAAAAACUGAUGCAGUUUAGUUUACAUUGGUCACACUACACCACUAAUGUUUUCACACUACCAGCAUGACAAAAAAAAUCAUAUUGUUCCUCAGUCAUUAUCAAGGGAGUUUUGUCAUUUAAUUUGCCAGGAUAAGAGCCAUAUUUAUGCUUCUCACCAUUUGAUUCCACCAGUGCUGUCCUGAAAACAUCUUUCAUGUCAUUUCAGUUUACUAAUUCUCUUUGCUCAGGAAUUCAGAUCUGUCUUUUGCUGUCACAUAUCUUCUCUCUGUGUUCCAGACUGCAUUGAUCCACCAGAUAUGAGUAAAAGUUUAACUGUUUCAGUUACUUGUUUAGAACAUUUCCUUCAUGUAGCCAGAGAGUUUUAUUUUGCUUGGAUUGCGUCAUUGGGACUGUUAACCCCAUAAAUUGGUUUAAUUUGUUGUUUAAAGGAUUGUCUCAGAAGUACUUCUGAUAUUGCUUAAAGAAAUAAUUCAUCCAAAAAUAAAACUUCACCAUAUACUCAACUUCAUUUUUUUUUAAUUCAAAUGCUAUGAUGUUCCCUGUGAAAGUCAAAAGAAGAAAUUUGAAGCAUUGUUGUGCAGCUUUAUUCCACACCGGACAAUUCACAGUAAUGACCACCAUAAAAGUAGCUCAUAACACUCAUUUGGUGUAUUUCAAUUGUCCAACAAGCAGUGUUUUUAUUUAUUUUAUUUUUUUUGGUGCUUAACAGACAUGGUCACCAUGAGAUGAAUUUUUAAAGUAACAAGCAAAGAACCUGCAUCUUCAAAAGUUUGCAACUAUUCUCAUUUUGUGUUUCAAAGGGGGAAAAAAUAAACGUGAGGGUGAAAAAGUCAUUUUUGACUAGUUAAGAAACCUGUUAAGAGUCAUUUUCCUGCGUUACCUUUUGCCUAGACUUGUGUUCCUUCAUUUAUUAUCUAUUAAGUUUGCUUAAACUUGGACUCUGGAGUCUGACGGUCAUCAUUCAACAAGACUCUACAACACAUUAGCAUUUAAUGAUAUACCAGAUAGCAAAAAAUAUCUUCAUGUGCCUUUGUUUCAACCAAAGAUUGCAUCACUCAUUGGAGAAAUGUUUUGGGGUGUUUGGUUGUGCUGUAAAUUUGCCUUAAAAUAUAUGGAAAUAAAGCAGAAUCAAACAUUACUCUCAUGAACUUUUCUCUUAUCUCUGUGAAUGAACUUUGCUUAAGUCAUGUAGACUGUCACACAAUUCCUGUUAGUGGUCAUCAUGGCCUUGGAGUUUAUUUAAACACAUUGAAUUUGUUAUUCUUGUUUGACUUAUCAAAUGCUUUGCUUCAGUCACGCUGGUUGGCAUAUUAACCAAUAAAUGAGUCAUUUAUUGUGUUUAAAGACAUCCAUUCUGACACCAGACAUAUAUGAAGAAUUUUCCACACUUUUAAUUAUUCACAAUUAUUUACAUGUCAGAUCUCAAAUUCAAUCUUAAAGACAAAAGUUGAACAUCUGAAAGAAAACGGUAAGAAUAAGAUGGUUUAUAGAGUUUUUAAGGGUUAAUGCCUCUGACUCAGAAAUCUAAAGAAAACAAAUGAGUGGCUUUCACACACAUCUCAAGUGUGCAACAUUAUCUGGCUUCGUUCAUUACUGAAGUACAUAAACACACAUGCUCACUCUCCAGUGGUGACAAUUAAUGUAAGACCAGCACAGGAUCUGUACACAUAAACAGCAAUAUUC